GUGGGAUAAUCCGAUGACUUAAAAAUUCUAUAACCAAGCCUUUCAUAAAAACGAGAAUAAGCAAAGGCCCAUCCAAUCUCUAUACUUUUAAAUUCUCUCUGCCCAUCGGAAAGUUUUUCUUGUCUAUCCUAUAUCUCAGUCGCCUCCAGUUGCAAGAAUGGUAUCUGUACCUAAUACCAGUCUCACCGUCACCCAUAUCACCACUGCGACUGCCAUCCUGAACAUCGAUGGUAUCAAUUUUUUGACAGAUCCUUACUUUGGAGCAACCGAAGGGACCGAAUAUGAUACAACUCCAGCUUGGGAGAAAGUGGAUUUGAAGGCGUUUGGCUUUGAAAAUAUACCGCCACCACCACACCUUAUCAAUCGUCAAGGCGCAGCACUACAGCUCCAUGACCUGCCACCAAUUGACGCGGUGCUUCUGAGCCAUGAAGAUCACCUUGAUAAUCUAGACCCAGAAGGUCGUAAAUUGCUUGAUGGCCGGAAAGUUUUCACCACAAUGGACGGUGCAUCUAAUCUCCGUCCUCGACCCGGAGUUGUUGGCCUCCGCCCCUGGGAGACUGUGAUUUCCAACAUUGGAGGAAAGGUUUUUCGAAUCACUGGGACGCCCUGCAAGCAUUUCCCAGGUGGAGAGGUAACUGGUUUUAUUCUAGAGGCGGAUUCCUUCGGUAUCCAUGCCUCCGGAAAGCCCAAUGCAAUCUACUUCUCCGGAGAUACUGUCUACAUUGACGAGCUGAAAGAAAUUGGGAACAAAUGGCAUAUCACUGCUGCGCUUCUUAAUCUGGGUAAUGCAACAUUCCAUUUUCCAACCGGUCCUCUUCAGAUCACGAUGGAUGGAAAACAAGCUGUUCAACUCAUGCGUGAGAUCGGCGCUGAUGUUAUGAUUCCAAUCCAUUUCGAGUCAUGGGCCCAUUUCACCGAGGACAGGGAGGGGUUGAUGAAAGUGUUCACGCAGGAGGAAUUUAUGCAUAAAGUGUGCUGGACAACCCCGGGUGUUCCAAAAGUUGUUUAUUAGAUGCUUAUCUUGAGGAUUUGUGGCCUUACCACUAGUACAUUUCUGUGGAAGGCUCUGACCAUAUUAUUUGAAACUCUUGCAGUGUCUCAUUAUUCAAUAUUUGAAUCUAGCAAGUGGUCCUUACUGUGAGCUAAAAGUAUUAGUUCAUCAUGCUAUUGGUUCUUUCUAAAAUGGAUAAU